AUGGACAGCAAGAGAGAGGAGGCCAUUACACCGGUGGCGGCGGCGCCCGACCGACCGAGCGGGAGCAUCGACGAGAAGCCCAAGCUGGCACCGGGCGAGUCCUUUGAGGUCUUUCGGAAGGAAGAUGGCGCCGUCGACUUUCGCACCCUCGAAUGGGUGCCAGCCUCGGUCAUCUUUAUGAAAGCGCUCUUUGCGACUGGCGUGCUGUCCAUACCCUCCGCACUGUACACGCUCGGCGCACUGCCCGGCGCCAUCAACGUCGUCGGCUGGUGCCUGCUCAACACGUACUGUGCCGUCGUGCAGGGCGCCUUUCGCGCGCGGCACCUGGACGCCGGGUGCCACUCGAUCGGCGACAUGGCCGCCGUCGUCGGUGGCCCGUGGCUGCGCGAGGUCGUCGGCGUCCUCUUCCUCCUUACCUGGUCCAUCGCCUCGGCCUCGGGCGUCUUUGGCAGCGCCGUUGCGCUCAACGCGCUCUCCAACCACGCCGUCUGCACAAACUAUUUUAUGCUAGUCGCCACCGUCGCCAUCUUUGUCCUUGCGAGCGUGCGGAAGCUGCAAAAGAUGGCCUGGCUGACCUGGGUCGGCUUCCUGUCCAUCUUCAUCGCCGUCCUCAUCGUCGUAGUCGCCGUCACGGUUCGCGACCGCCCGGCCGCUGCGCCGCAGACUGGCGACUUCGAUCUCGGCUACCGCGUCAUCGGCGACCCGGACUUUGUCGCCGGCAUCACCGCCGUGGCCACCAUCUUCAGCGCCGGCGCUGGCACGUCCGCGUUCGUCCCCGUCGUCGCUGAGAUGCGCCGGCCGCGCGACUACAACAAGGCCGUGUACCUCGCCAUGGGCGUCGUCAGCAGCUCGUACCUUGUCUUCUCGCUCGUCGUGUACCGCUGGUGCGGCCGCUGGGUCGCGUCGCCCUCGCUCGGCAGCGCCGGCGGCACCGUCAAGAUGGUCGCCUACGGCGUCGGCCUCGUUGGGUUGCUCGUGAGCGCCUGCAUCUGGGUGCACAUGGCGGCCAAGUACCUGUUCGUGCGCCUCCUGCGCGGCUCGCGGCACCUGCAGGCGAACACGGCCACGCACUGGGCGACGUGGCUCGGCUGCACCUUUGGCCUCUCCGCGGUGGCCUUUUUGCUGGCCGUCGCCAUCCCCAUCUUCAACUACCUGGUCGCGCUGUGCGGGAGCUUGACAUUUGCUCCGCUGGCGCUGGGCUUGCCAGCGUAUCUUUUCAUCUACGACCACCCCGAGUGGCGAAAGGACGGCAAGUGGUGGAUGGCUCUGGUCUACUGGCUGAAUUGGCUCCUGAUUCCGCUCGCCGCAUUCUUGACGAUUGGCGGAACGUAUGGAGUGAUCCAGGGCGUCAUCGAUGCCCACUCCAAGGGUGACAUGGGCGUUGCCUUUUCUUGUGCCGAUAACUCUGGAUCUGUAUGA